GUGUGUUUUAACAUAUGUUCCAGAAGGAUUGAAAACUUUAAAACUUUUAUAUUUACUGCAGGUUCUGAAGGGAGCUCCGAUUUUGCCGAUGACAGUUUCUCAUCUGAUGGAGAAGUUGGCGAGCCCGAUGCCACCAAGAAUGAAUCAGAGGACAAUACUGAGCCUGAUGGAGAUCCAAACAAGGGCUGGGCUGAUUCUAUGGCCAAAAUUCUUAACAAAAAGGUGCCGGACAAAACCGGCACUAUACUGGUGAAGAGCAAAGCCCUGCAGAAAGAGAAGGAACGGGAAAGGCUUGAGAAGUCGGAAAAGAGGAAAGAGAUUGAUAAGAAGCGACAGUGGGAGAUGAUGUGCCGAGUGAAACCAGAUGUGGCCAGAGACAGAGAGGUGGAGAGGAAUCUGCAGAGAAUCGCCACCAGAGGUGUCGUUCAGUUAUUUAAUGCCGUCAGAACUCAUCAGGGUAAAGUAAAUGACAAGCUGAAUGAAGCUGGAGGCUCUGAAAGAAAGAGAAGUAAACUGAUGUCAUCUGUGUCAAAGAGAGAUUUCAUUGAUGUUCUGCGAGGGAAAGAAAGUAAAAGUGAACAAAAAGAUAAUUGCCCUUUGCCAUUUUAUUUCCUCCAGAAUGUUGCAAAAUCAGAGGACACGUCAGAAUGGAACAUUCUGCGCGACGACUUUAUGAUGGGGGCGUCCAUGAAGGACUGGGACAAGGACAGCGAGGAUGGAGAGGUGGGCGCACAACCUGGCGCAGGGGAGGAAUACAGCGGAAGUGAUUCAGAUAGAUAG